AUGAAUUCUUUAGUUAUAGUUUUUGUAAUUCUUUUAGUUCAUGGCCAGGAAAUAGACUGGGGAUUGAAUCUCGAUUAAGAAUAAAAACGAGAUUAUUUAAUUGUCAAUAGUAAUGUUCAAAUAAAUUAGGCUGGAUGUAAUAUUAUAAAAUUAUAAUAAGCAAAUAAUUAAUAAUAAAAAGGAUAGUAUAUACAAGGUUAAGACUAAGGAACCAUUAGUGAGGAGAAUAAACGACAAAUUUAUGAAGAAUUUCUUUCUUACGAUUUGGAUGAAGGUACAGAUUAUGAGAAAUAAUUAGAUGGCAUUUUAAGAAUAGAUGAACUAAAAUAAUCAUUUCGAGGGGAGGCAGAACAAUAGGUUAGAAAAUUAUUUGGAUUCGGGGAUAAAGACAUGAAUGGUUUUCUCAACUUUGAAGAAUUCUUUAAAUUCAGGACCAGAGAUUCAAUGUCAGAUUUAUGAAAUUAAUGAG